CGGCUUCAGCGGAAGACGCUCGCUGUCCAGCGCCGGUGACGAAGACUCAAGCAUAAUGGAGGCCGAAGUUCGAGAGCAACAUGAAUGAUAAGUACCACAGGGCAGCGCGAGAUGGUUACCUGGAUCUGCUGAAAGAGGCCACGCGGAAGGACCUGAACGCCCCGGAUGAAGAUGGCAUGACCCCGACACUAUGGGCCGCGUACCACGGCAACCUGGACGCUCUCAGGCUCAUUGUAGCGAGAGGAGGAAAUCCUGACAAGUGUGACAUAUGGGGUAACACGCCACUCCACCUGGCCGCUUCCAACGGCCAUCUCAACUGCCUGUCCUUCUUGGUGUCCUUUGGUGCAAACACAUGGUGUCUAGACAAUGACUACCACACGCCUCUGGACAUGGCUGCCACCAAGAACCACAUGAACUGUGUACGCUACCUGGACUCUAUUGCUGCCAAGCAGACAGCUCUCAACCCCAAGCUGGUGGCCAAGUUGAAAGACAGAGCCUUCCGUGAUGCCGAACGGCGCAUCAAAGACUGUGUCAAGAUGCAGCGCAAGCACCACCGCCGCAUGGAGCGCAAGUUCCAGAAGGAAGCCACAGAUGCUUCGCUUUCUGAUGCCAUGAGCUUCUCCAGCUACACCAGCAGCACUUUUAGCCGCAAGCUGCACCCAUUCAACACUGCCACCAGUGUGCCAUACUCACAGGCUACCCUCCAUGCCACAGCCAGGGGCAAAACCAAGAUCCAGAAGAGGUUGGAAAAGAAGAAGCAUGGUGAUGGGUCCUUCAAGAUCUAUGAGGAUGGAAGGAAGAGUGUGCGCUCUCUUUCUGGUCUACAGUUGGGUAGUGAUGUCAUGUUCCUAAAGCAGGGUACCUACGUAAACCCAAAAGAUCGGGGUCGGCGAAACGUCCGUGAUAUGUUCCCACGGGACAACGAAGAUGCUAUCUCGCGUGCCAUCAGCGAGCCAGACCUGCAUGGGGGAGACAUGGACCACUCAGAGAUUAGUACCGACUCGGGCCAUGACUCUCUUUUCAACCGGCCAGGCCUGGGUACCAUGGUCUUCCGGAGGAACUAUGUGAGCGGUGGACUCUUUGGCAUAGGCUCUCGUGAUGAAGGCAGCAUUGCAGGCAGCGGGAGGGCACCAAACGUCCGUCUGCGUAGCCGUCUUCAGCGAUCUCCCAGUGUAGAUGAGGAUAGUAUCGGCAGUGCUCGAAGCCUCCAGGCCAGGAACAUGGAGGAGCUUCCGUGGGAUGAGGUGGAGUUAGGACUGGAUGACGACGAUGAGCCAGAGAGUAGUCCACUUGAGGUAUUCCUGGCUGCCCAUUACAUGAACGAGUUCAUCCCUAUUUUUAAGCGAGAGAAAAUUGACCUGGAUGCACUGCUGCUGUGUUCGGACAACGACCUCAAAAGCAUCCACAUUCCCUUGGGACCCCGUAAAAAGAUCAUUGACGCGUGCAAGAGACGUCUGGACACCCUUGAGGAUCCUGACAGCAUAGAAGACACAGAGUUAUAGCACAGAGGACUUGUUACUCUGUGCUUUUGGCCAUACCGAUGGUACGUCGAGGUACACGUGCAACAGGACAGAAAGACAGUUACACUGAAAGGAAGUGUAACUCUUGUGUGGAUUUCAAACAAUUAAUGGUGCAUGUCCCUUUACCAUAGGGAUAAAUUUGGAAUAUCAGACUGAAAGUAGUACCUCUUUGACUGGCACAGAUAAGAAAGUAUUCAUGUCAGCCGUAAUAGCUGAAUCGAGCUGAGGUUCCAUGAUUGCCAUACAGUACAUAACAGUACCGUAAAAAUCCUGCUGACAACCCUGAUGAAGUCAGACCCAAUCAGCAUUAUUGUCAUGAUGUGUCUGCCCCUGUGGGGCAAUGGUCUUAGUGCCUGUACUUCCAGUGCAUGCACAUAUCUCUGCAUGAUGUAUUUUUAUGACAUAGACUUGGGCAGAUUUGAAAAGCUUGGGCUUCAUCUCCGGGAACCUUUCACACACUGCCUAAAUGACGUCAAACACAUAUUAAAGGUCGCCAAUAUACCUGGCAGCAAAUGUGGGAACACUGUCUUUAGAGGUCAGUGAAUGCCUGUACUGAGGUUGUAUUGUAAACUUUUUGACCUCUGUUAGUUUGUUUACAUUUGUCAAGCCAUACUUCUGUUAAAGAAUUGGGGCAUGGGUAUUUUUUUUGGUGAUACAGAAAUCUUACUUCUUUCUGAUUUCUGUUUUUGGUUUUGUUUUUUGUACUCAUGCCAUAUUACGACAAAGAAAAUUUGUUUCAACAUACUAUCAAUUUCACAUCAACCAAUGUAUAUUUGGUAUACGGUACAUGUACAGAUUUCAAUGCAUUCCAACCCAAAUAGUAUGUGCUCUAUCUCUUGUACAUAACAUUGUUUAUGUGUUUUAUAUAAUUUCUUAAAAUGUAGCAAUAAAAGAUGCUAGCUAUCACUAAAAAUCCAUGAAAUUUUAUAUUCAGUUUAUGGGCAUACUUGAAGACAGUGCUGAAAAACUUGGAAUGUGGGUGUAUCAGUGAACCGUUUUGUAAGAGUAUGAGUAGAUCAUGCAUGAGGUUUUACUGUAUGUGUCAUAAAAUAACAAAAUCAUAAAGACAAACACUCUAAACAUUUUACACUAUUAA